CCACUGACCUGACGUGACCUAGAAAAUUUAUCCAGCGCUGUCAGUGAAAAGUUCAUUUAAGAUUAAAGAUAGGUCCAGUUUUGUGCACAUAGUACGUCUAGGCAGAGAAAAAAUGAGGUAUUUUCAGAACAAAAUGCCGGACUAUGUCAGUGGACGCGAUGUUGAUGUAAGUCGCCAGAAGUGGUUACCGAUAAUCCACUCCAUGGUUGAACAAAUAAACCGACACACACCAGAAGAUGAUUUCCAAUCAGCCGAAGGAGGGCUUUACGUUGGAAGUGCUGGUGUGGCAUACAUGCUGUACUAUCUCACAGAGUCGGGGUUGUUCGUGGGUCACAGACGUGAGUUCUUCGAGAAAGCAACAGCUUGUAUUGCAGUUUCAAUUGGAUAUUCACAUAGGCACCGUUCGCGAGAUCCACCAGUCUCAUUUAUCUUGGGAUCAGCUGGAGUCUAUGUUGUGGGCGCUCUGUUACACAAGGCAAUGGGAGACCAGCAAAAAGCCGGCGAUUUUGUUGGGAAAUAUGCAGACCUUGCACUUCACUGUGUACCAUUGAAUUUUCUUUCCUGUGGAUCAGAUGAGCUGUUUGUUGGAAGAGCUGGAUAUUUGUGCGGGGCUUUGACCUUGCACAGCAAAUUUGGCCCGGUAAUUCCUAAAGAGGCAUUGCAUGCAGUAUGGAAGUCCAUUAUACAAUCUGGCAGAGAAUAUGCUAAGAAACGAAAAUUAAAAUGUCCUCUUAUGUAUGCUUACUACGAAACUGAAUACCUAGGGGCAGCUCAUGGACUGUGCUCUAUCCUGCAGAUGCUGCUUAGUUUCCCAGAAUUUGUUAAAUCAGACGAAGCUGCUGCACAAGACAUCAAGAACUCUGUGGAUUUCCUGUUAAGUAUAAAGCAACCUAAUGGAAACUAUGCUACAGCCAUGGAUGAGGUAAAUGGCAGUUACCAACGUCCAGAGUCUGAGGAGCUUGUUCACUGGUGUCAUGGAGCUCCAGGGGUAGUGUAUCUUAUGGCAAAAGCAUACCUCACAUGGCGUGAAGACAAGUAUUUUCAGGCAUGCAUUGAUUGUGGAGAGUUGACCUGGCAGAAAGGACUCCUUCGCAAAGGACCUGGCAUUUGUCAUGGUGUUGCUGGCAGUGGUUAUGUAUUUCUUCUUCUCUAUAGACUAACAGAGGACCUCAAGUAUAUCUAUAGGGCAGAAAAGUUUGCUGAGUUUCUUAUUAGCGAGGAGUUUACACAGAAGGCUAACACCCCUGACACACCAUAUAGUUUGUAUGAAGGGCUUGCAGGCACAGUCUGUUUCUUGACAGAUCUCCUGCUGCCCCAACAUGCAGAAUUUCCUUUCUUUGAUGUAUUUUCAAAUUACGAAUAGUGUGCUUUUGAAGUAAUUAAAAGUUUCAACUGUACUUCAAUAUAGCAUCUUGUGUUUGUAAGCUGUGUUUCAACAUAGAAAUUGACUAUGUUUGGUACCUCUGGGAAUUAUGUUUAGUCCUGCAGUUGUUUAGGUGUAUCUCAGUAGCAGACUAUAUAACGCUUGGUAUGUUGAUACAACUCCUGUUAAAUCUUUGCUUUUCCAUAUUUCAUGUUCAUGUAUCUACUUAAGUUCAAGAAGCAAUACAAACAAAUAUUAAUUACUUUUAAAUAAAUUCAAACUGUCAAAUACUUUUGUUUAAUGCAAAGGCUGUAUGCUAUUUUUAUUUCUUACUCUACUUUUCACUUUUUAUUGUUCAAAAUAUUAAUUUUAUUUUUAUACUCUAUAAAUGUGAGAGCAAAUGACUGUCAAGACUCCUCUUUCUUUAAAAGUGAUUGCAGCCAGCUGCCACAUGUGGUAGUUGGUUAUUUUCACUGAUUCUUGCCAAAUCCAAGUCUGUGAUGAUUCUUCUAUACUCUGUUAAAACUGCUUUCCCAUAUAGUUAUAUUUUAAGGCAGCAAUAGAUUUUACUUAUAAACAUUAUGUUUUAAAAAGUUUUUUUUUUUUUUUUGCAAUAAUAUUCAGUAUUUAAGUUUGUCAAUAGUUCUGAAUACCCAAUUCACAUUCACUGAUAAGGAAUGUUAAUAAAAAGAAAAUUUAGCAAGAGUCUUUCUGUGUAAUGUGUCAUGACUCUUGGUUUUCUCAUUAUUUGGUCAGUUCGAACUUUAUGGAAUUCUUUUAAAGGUCCAAAAUGGCAGCGAUAUGAUAUACAAGAACACUCAAGUGCUAAGCAUUUAUUAUUAUUUUUAAAUUGAAUGCUGUUUUCAGACACCCUGAGCUUCAGAGAUAACUUGAAACAAACUUUAACACUAUAGUAACCCUUGCUGUUUCAAGUGACCUCUGACUAGAUUUGUUUUGACCUGCUUUAUUAAACCAAUAUGUCCCAUGAGACUAGAGCAACACGUGUUUGUUUAUUAGUGCAGCAAUAUAUAUCUCCGUAACCUUUGACUGGUCUGGAUUUGAACAAAGAGCACUUUGACUCGUUUGCGUUUACUGGCUAGAUUGUUCAGUGAGUCAUUGAGGGCGGGCUUUGAAGUUGAGUGGCAGGCAACCAGGCCUAAGGAACCUGGUCAGAGGUAACUUGAAAUGGCAAGGGUAUCCUAGACAUCUUAUAGCGUAGAGGUUUGUUUCAAGUUAUCUCUGAAGCUCGGGGUGUUUUCAGAAGACAUCAUGAUCAACUUGCAUUUAUUGUUAAAUUACAGAAGUAUCUUAGAAUCUGUAUGAGGUAAUGAGAAUAAAGUGCUAGAUUACACUUAUUCAAAAUGUUUUGUAUUUACAUUUUGCCUUGAAUUAGAUUUAUUUGCUUUUAUAAUUUCAUAUUUCAUAUAUGUACAUGUAUGAUAAAAAGAAUCUCCUAACAUAAUUUGAAGUUAUUAGCUUAACGUAAGGUCUAAACCUCCCAUUUUCGAAAUAAAUUACCAUCGCAUGAUCA